UUGCGGCCAUCUAACCGUUUUAAGGCCCAAAAAUAAAUAUCUUCAAUAACGGGCUUAGACCGUCUUACAGGCCCAAUAAAUCCAACCAGUCCAGAGAAUGUAUUUUUUUAGCCCAAAGGCCCACCUCCUUUAAUUUCUCUACAACCUCUAACAGACUGCCAUUUCUCAUCACCAUCGGCGAGAAAUUACUGCUUAAUUCCUCUGUAAGUCUCUCUCUCUCUCUCUCUCUCCUUUUCUUUACUGUUUAAGUUUCGAUUUUUCUUUUCGAUUUUCGUUUGAGAGAUCUGUCACUUGAAAGCACAUGUAUGAGCCCAACUAUUCCACUCGGAAAUUUGGGAAUCGAUUUGAUGUCGGAUUUGAGUCGGUUCAUUCUUGUAGUUUGAUUCUGUGAAAGAUGUAUGAUAAUCUUGGAGCACAGCCUGGAGGGCCUCGGUUACCAAAUGCACAGCCGAAUGUCCCAAAUCCUUUUGGGAACUCCUUCUAUGGUGCGAGUUCAGGGUUCAUCAAAGGCGGGCUUGGUGCAUAUGGAGAGAAGAUUUUAGGAUCCAGCUCCGAAUAUGUGCAGAGCAAUAUCAGCAGGUACUUCUCAGACCCUCAAUACUAUUUCCAAGUGAAUGAUCAUUAUGUGAAGAAUAAACUGAAGGUUGUUCUUUUCCCAUUUCUGCACAGGGGGCAUUGGACGAGAAUCAGUGAGCCUGUUGGUGGCAGGCUCUCCUACAAGCCACCAAUUUAUGAUAUAAAUGCCCCAGACUUGUACAUUCCUUUUAUGGCAUUUGGGACCUAUCUGGUUCUUGCUGGCCUGUCAUUAGGCCUACAUGGGAAAUUUAGCCCUGAAGCUCUAAACUGGUUGUUUGUAAAGGGGCUGGUGGGCUGGACCUUCCAAGUGGCCCUUCUCAAAAUGACAAUUUUCUCCCUGGGUGGCGGUGAGGCUCCUCUGCUGGAGAUGGUAGCAUACGCCGGCUAUACAUUCACAGCGCGAGUGUUGGAAAAAUCGGCUCCGGCGCCGAGAACGGUGGUUCAGAAGCCGGCGUACAGUUGCUCAGGUUCGUAUUGGAAUUUCUCGGAUGAUGACGGCGUUUAUGUAACAGCAAGGAUGAAAAAUGGUUACGACCCGAUUUGCAGAAAAGGAUACGGGUUGAACCCUGCCAGCCCGGAUUUGAGGGAGAAAGAGGGAAUCCCUGAUUUGGAAGAGGAAACAGAAACUGAGAGCGAGGGAGACAAGGAUAAAGCAAAAAUGAGCUCUAGACAACAUCUUAAUGAGAAGCCAUGGUCGCCAAGUCUUAACCCGUCAUUUAAUGACAAAAUAUUUUACUUUAAAUUUAUUUACAUAAUUUAA